AUGCCAGCAGUUGUGGAAUCUAGUCUGGGAACAACAGGUAAUUCGAAACUUUAGUUCUUUUUACAUAUAUUUUUUGAAAAUAAAGAAAUAUUUAUGUAGUUUGCUCAAAUACCUGAUUUUUUUGUUUAGGACCACAAAGAGAAGUGAUUUCAAUAUACAAUGAUGACUUUACAACCCCGCCAUCCAGACCUCAAUAUUUCAUCGAAGUUUAUCGCUGUGUUAAACUUGAAGUUGGCGAAUGCCAUAGCAGUGGACCGUCUACGUACCCGGUUCCAAAAACAACGGACGAAAUUGAGAUAGUUGUUCCGGAUAUAACAAACAAAGAUCGCGAUUCCAGCGAUAAAAAGAAGUUUUAUAAAUAUGUCGUUCAUAAUCACACUGCUUGUCAAUGUGGGAAAUUAAAGUACAGGAAUGAUAGACUGUAUAAAACCAUAACUAAUAACGAAGGUUAGUCAAGUUUACAGUGAGAAAAUACCAUGCAAUUACCUAAAAUGAACAUGAUUUGUGAUUAACUUUCUUUCGUUCUUUAGAAAAUUUCUUUUGUAGUUUUAUUGUUAUAGACUUAUAGUCAUAAAGCAUGUUCAUAUACAAGGUUGUCCCCAAAAACCUCAAAACUAUUGAAAAUAACGUAUAUUGUUAGUAUUUGAAUGCCCUAGCACUAAGCUGAACGCAAAGAAUAAAUAUUGACUUAUUAAGAAAUUAAAAUAUAUCUUUGUAAAGCGCACGAUUUUCUGCUAUUGGGAAUUUAAAGCAGAGUGCUGAGGCAUUCAAAUUCUAACAAUACGCUAUUUCAAUAGUUUUGGAGGUUUUUUUGGGACACCCUGUAUAAGUUGAUGACAAUACAACCAGGAGAACACGGGAGCUCUCCCCUCAUCACUGAGUUAAACUACUAUAUUGAAUAUCAAGGUUAGGGUAUAUUCUUACUUGAUGCGCUUGAAAACUCAUGUGAAGCGCGUUUCCCACUCCUGACGAAUUUAUUCGCGCGAAGCGUCUUUGUCGACAUCGCUCUUGCUGACGUGAUGAGCAAUGCUGACGUGGGAUAAAGUAACUGCCCGUGAACAAAUUCGACCGGUGGAAAAUGGGCUGUGCCUGGUUCUUUCCUGUACAUGCACGGAGGGAUUUUCUCCGUGAUUUCUGCCCCGGGUUUUCCUCUCCCACCAAAAAGUAACCAUUCCAUGUGAUGGCGAGAACCCGAGGCGCAUUGGUCAGCCUUCGACUCAGUGACAUUUCACGUAAUUCAGGUCUGGCGGCUGCAAGGAAAGGUGAUUUUUACACCGUAACUUUAAUCUGUAGGACUCUUUCUUGCAGUGUCAGCAGCUUAUUUCAAAGCGAAGUUUUCGCAAAAUCCAGUCAAUCUGAUACGUGUGUGUAACGUUUGCAACAUCACGCAACCAAGAUACAAACUCCAUCCAAACCAUUUCAACGUUGUCUUACAAUAUAAAUAUCUGGCGUACCAACAGUGCUUGCCUGGCUGCGUAGUGGUAAAAAACGAAACGUUUAACAAGCAAACUUUCAUUGUAUCUCGAAAUAGUCCCGUUAGUGUCCCGCUUACAAAUGAUAUUUUAUGUAAGGCUUAUGACGGAGAUAAAACACAACAAUAUGGUAAAAAUGAUCCUCAGAAGCUCAAAAGCUCAUCCUCAGAAGCUCCAGUUGGAAACUCGAGUGAUCAAGGUAAGAAAUCAAGGCUCUGAUUUCUACUAGACAUGAAUUAUCAAUCCUGAUGAUCUUCGGAAAUGAUAAUUCGUCUGAUAAUUUAACUCCCGACAAACACACAAAUCAGCUGUCAAGACAAUCUUCGCUGUUACUAACCCAGCGAUUAGUCAGAUGGCAUUAGAGAGGGGGCAUAAUAGAGUGGGUUUCUUAGAGAGAAAAGUGUAUUAGAGAGAAAAUUUAAUAGGGAGGACAUAAUCCAUCUUGAUGAAUGAUUCUCUUGUUUGCUGUAUUUGUACACAGAUGAACUUUCAGACGAACUAUAUUUUCUUUGCUCAGGUUCGUUCAGACUGAUCAUCUUUAAUAAACUGAACUUCCAGCACAAUUUAUAAAUCUAAUUAUUAGAAAUACGUUUUUCGGUUGUGUGGGCGGGGUCGAGGAAGCUUAAGAGAAGCGGGGCAUAUUGGCCAGAUGGCGUAUUAGAGUAAAGAGAGAAGCUUAUUAGAGAAGGAACUUAAUGGGGCCCUAGGGGCUUAUUAGAGAAGAGGCUCAAUAAAAAUGGGGGCUUAUUAGACGGGGGAUUGUUAGAGGGUAUCAGAAUUUACGCAAUAGAGAAUUGAUAAAUUAACAAGAAUUAUUAUAUUUCUGUUUAGAUGCAAAUUAUGAGAUUCUAGUUUACAUUGCUUCAGGAAAAGUUACCCUCGCCGCCUUUCUACUGUCGUUGGUACUAUUUACUAUAUUAAUUAUGGACUUUACUCUUUGCCGUCGAAAGAAAGGAUUUCUUUACGCUUUGCUUGGCUGUAAAAGUGAUGACGCGGAUCAUUUUUGUCAACGUUGCAGCAAAAGAAAUAGAAAUGAAAUUGCAGUAUAA